UUUGUCAAUGUUUCUAGAAAUACUAGUACGCGUGUAGUACCUACAAACCGUGUUUGGUGGCGCUGCUACACUGUCCAGAUAAAAUACCGAUAAGACCACCAAUACAAUAGACACAGUUUGUCUCGUUGUCGAAUGUGGGGCUACUUAACGCUCAGUGGCGCAUAACGAUUGGCACAGAAAAACACAAAAGAGGCGGAACAGACGGUAGGACAUACAGAGGAGCAGGGUCCGGCCGGGUGUCAUCACCUAGACUGCAGGUGGCCACGUUUUGUCUUCACAUAAUAUAUAAACUAACUUCUCAGCUGCUACUCGGAUUUUCUUAGCCCUGAACAAAGAAGGGAAGGAAGUUUUCUGUAGACCUGGAGGCUACCAGUCACAGACUAUAACCUACCUCGUCACAGACGAUGACCCAGCUUCCGCUGAGCGCCCUGAAGCGACAUUUCCUGACGUGUUCCAUCUGCCUGGACACCUUCGGCUCGCCCAAGAUCCUGCCGUGUGCCCACAGCUUCUGCGCGCCGUGUCUGGUCAAACAUGCCGACGGAAGGUCGCGUUUUCCGUGUCCCGAGUGCCGCCAGGACACCCCCAUGCCCAGCAAUGGAAUAUCCGGUCUCCAGGACAACCAUUACAUCACGAGCCUGUACGAAUGGGUCUCCAGUGCAGACGAUAGAAUGGACUAUCUUCCCCAUACAACAAAUGAUAACUCUUUAGCUAAGUGCAAUCGUCACACCAGCGCCGUUCUCAGUCACUACUGUUUAGAGUGUGAUGUUGAGGUAUGUGAAUGUUGCAUACGGGAGCAACACUUAUCUCAUAGAUACAAAAUCACCGUGGUCGAAAACAGGGGCAAAUUUGACGCAGAUCUGCUAGCGUCUUUCAAUGCCACCAUAGACAAGCUUAGCAGUCAGCUGUCGAUGUUGGAACAAGAAGAAAAGAGAGAGUGCGAACAGAGGAAGGCGGCGGCACGAGAGAUAGAAAGCGCUGGAAGGAAACUUGUCGAAAAGAUCAACCUGCAAGUCUACCAGCUGAUCCAACAGCUUCAGGCCUUGCAUCAGGGAACACUGUUGGACAUCGUGGAAGAGAAGGAGACCGUUGGUAACUACCUGACGAACCUGGAACAGUGGAGGAAACAGGCAGAGGUACUACUGAGAAGACCUACUCAGCUUGAAGAAGUCGAGCGAGUCCAAACAAAGAUGCGAUCUUUGCUCGAUGAUGCUGCGCAGUACGAAGGUCUUGGAAGCAACAGGAGAGCAACGAAAUACACGUUUGUAAGAGAAGAGUUAGACUCCCAGUGUGUUAGUAUAGGUAGAAUAGUGGAUGAUAAUGAUGUAGAUGAGGAAAAUGACAACCAACAGAGUGCCUGUUCGCUAAUAAGGUUUGGAAGGGAGGGUAGUGGGGAGGGGGAGUUUCGUUAUCCUAGCGGUGUUACAAUAUCUGAUGAGGGGACCAUAUUUGUGUUAGAUGCGGACAAUUCGCGGGUUCAAGUCUUUAACUCAGAUGGAAAGUUUCUCAGGACUUUUACCGUUCUGUGCCCGGAGAUCAACAGCAAUAGCACCCGGCUGGAGGGCAUAGCCAUGGCGUUAGAUGGAAACCUGUUUCUCACCGACAAAACCAACAAAGCUGUCGUGAUAGUCAACCAACACGGAGAGCUACAGGACAUGAGGAGACUAGACAUGGCGACCCACCCAGCAGGCAUUGCGUUCGACCCUAGCACGUGGAACCUUCUUGUCAGUGACGUCAGCAAUCACUGUGUAAUCGUCAUGAACCCCAUGGGUGGGUUACGUCACACUUUUGGUUCACUAGGUGCCCUCGAUAGACAGUUUAACCAGCCGCUAUAUCUAAAAGUCAACGCAAGGGGCGAAAUCAUUGUAUCAGACUUCUUCAACCAUUCGGUGAAGGUGUUUGACGCUGAAGGCGUUUUUCUGUUCAAAUUCGGCGGUUCGGGGUCCGACGGGGGACAACUCAGCCUACCGGCGGGAGUUUGCACCGAUGCGAGCGGUAACAUCGUGGUAGCAGACCGCGGUAAUAGCCGGGUAUCGCUGUUCGACUCGCGCGGGAACUUCCUCAAACAUGUCGCGACCAAAGAAGACGGACUGAGGGCUCCCGUGGCCGUGGCUGUCUCAAAGACGGGUAGUCUUGUCAUCACUGAUGGAGCAAACUGCAGCGUCACUAUAGUGAAGAACUUUGCAUGUCGCUAAGAUUACACCCAACAACGGAAUAUCUUACACAAGAAAAUUGUUACUUAAGCCACUGGAUUGAUUUUGAA